AUGGCCGAAGCGAAGGAUUCCCAAGGCAUAGAGAUGGCGCAAGCCACGACUCACCAGCACGACGACGUCGAGGACAUCAAGACUGCGGCGGGCAAGAUCAAAGAAGUGCAGGGCGACUCCCAAUUCUACGAGACCGUCACCGCGGCUCCACUGAGCCCGUCGUCCAAGACCAGCAUCCAACUCUACCUGAUACUCCUUGUUGCCGCGCUCAAUGCGACGACGUCAGGCUUCGAUGGUUCAAUCUUCAGCUCCAUCAACGCCAUGAAGCAAUAUCAGACAUACUUCCAUCACACGGAGCUCGGAUCGAGCACAGGAAUCAUCUUCAUGAUCUAUACUAUCGGAAAUAUGGUUGGCUCUUUGUUCACCGGCCCCAUAUGCGACUGGUUUGGCAGACGAGCAGGCAUGGGCGUCGGUUCGCUUCUCAUCAUGGUCGGAGCAGCGGUGCAAACGGCAGCCAGAAACGAUGGCUACCUACUGGGCGGUCGCUUUGUCCUGGGCUUUGGUGUCUCUAUCGGCACGAGCGCAGCUCCGACUUACGCUCUUGAACUUGCGCCCCCACAAUGGCGGGCCAGAGUCGUCGGCUAUUAUAACACCUUCUUCUACACCGGUUCCAUACUCGCAACAGGCGUCGCAUAUGCCUGCAAUAAAGCCGAAGGGGAGAAGGCCUUCCGCCUCCCACUGGCAUUGCAGCUCGUCCCACCAUUCUUCAUCAUCACAGGAUGCUUCCUCAUCCCGGAAUCGCCCCGUUGGCUGACCAUGUGGGGGAAGCGAGAAAAGGCAGCUCAGAUUCUAGCCAAAUACCACGGCGGCGGCGACCCAGAGCAUCCGAUGGUCAAGCUCGAGCUGCAGGAGUUCGAGCAGGGCAUCGAGCGGCAGAAGUCCUCCAGCAUCUUCAACUUCUGGCCUCUCGUCAACACCCACAACGCCCGCUGGCGGUUCCUGAUGAUGAGCUUCAUGUCCGUGUUCGCGCAGCUCUCGGGGAACUCGGUGCUGACAUAUUACCUGCCGUCCAUGUAUUCGCUCCUUGGGAUUACCUCCACCGAGCGGCGACUUCUAUUGACCUUUAUGAACUCGAUUGUGUCCUGCGCGGGCGCCGUUGCCGGCUCCGCGACGAACGACGCCAUCGGCAGGCGGACCAAGCUCUGGGUGGGCAGCAUCGUGCUGGCGGGCCUUUUCGCCGGUGUAACUGGGUUCUCAAGCCACUUUGAGAAUAAGGCAAAUCCCGGACCUGCGCUCAGCAAUGGUGGAGUGGCGUUCAUAUUCUUGUUUGGCUGUGUAUACUCAUUUGUGUACACACCGUUGACUGCCACGUAUUGCGCCGAGGUGUUGAACAGUCCUAUGAGAGCAAAGGGAAUGGGCAUCCACGUCAUCCUGUCCAACUGUGCGAACCUCUACAACACCUACGUCACCGCCGUGGCCCUCGAAGCGAUCGAUUGGCACUACUAUCUAGUCUUCGUCGGGCUAAACCUCAUCUACAGUCUCGUGUGGUUCCUAUUCGGCGUCGAGACGCGCGGCCGCACCCUCGAAGAGCUGGACGCAGUAUUCGAGGCCAAAUGGCCGCCGAGGGCAGCAUUAAGGAAGGCGGUCAUGGUGAAGAAACAAGACGGGCAUCUGGAAGGUCUGUCCACGGACACCGGGGACGCCGAGGCAGGACACCCAGAGUAG